AUGUUCAUGCCCAAUGAAAUGCCUGUAAACAUGCCAAUAAUGUCCAACAAUGAAGGCAUGAAUGACUAUCAACUACAGAAUAUCGUCUCAACAUUACAGUCUCUUUUGCAAAACUACAUCCAGUGCAAGAUGGGUGGAGGACAAGAACCUUAUGCAUAUUCAGAAUAUAAUCAACUUGGAAGUUCAAGACCAUUAUACUAUGAACCGGUCACAGAUUAUCCAAUGUAUCCGAUGAACUACCAGAACACAUAUCAACCGUAUGAUUUCCCUGAAUCGAUCGGCUCAACUGACAGUCCAUCAAUGUAUUAUCCACAACAGUGA